AUAAUAGCGCAACGAACAGCUGCAGCAAAACCGUUACGUUUAAAUGACCCACAUGUACACAAACAUACGCGACUUUUUCUAUAAUAUCCCUUUGACAAAUAUCUACACAUAUAUGUAUAUAUACCUACAUAUAUAACUACGUAUAUAUAUAUAUAUAUAUAACUCUAGUCGAUCGAUAGAAAAAUUUCGCACUUCAAUAACCGCUCCGAUUUAGAACCAUCAUUUAAAACCCCUCUAUCUUCUAAAAUAUCAAAUUUCCAGAAAAUUUCACUGAUACCUUUUUUGUAGAGAAUAAAAUUCUCUACAAAAUUGAUUCUGUCCAUUUUUACCAUAAGUUUGAUAGUUCGCCUGUAAAUUAAAUUUAAACAUAAAUGUCCCAUUAAAGUGCCAUUUUCAGCAGCCAGAGUUUAAAAUUCAAAUUCUGGGGAAACUAUCAAAGAUAACGGAAAAGUGAUAAGAGACAAUUUUGUAGAUAAUUUAAUUUCCUACAAAAAAGGUCCAGUGGUCUUAUGACCUAAAUCUAAUAGUUGUUGAGUUAUCAGCAUUGGAAUUUAGAAACUGAGUAAUAAAAUUUGAAAAAUAGAUUUUAUGUAAAAAAAUUUAAUGUAAUGAUUAAAGCAGAUGGUUUUAGCCACGUGCCGACACCCGUACGCUCUAGUAGACAGCACGAAGGAUUUCACCCCCCAUACGUUAGUUGAACCCACAUGGGUCGUCCGAUAGGGGACAACUGCACCUGGUUUUGUAUUCAAAAAUAAACUUCUAACUCUUGUGCCUUUGAGCCAAUGGGCGGGUUCGAUAAUCGCACAUGCGCUUAAUACUGAUCGUCAGUUAUAUUCAAACAUAACUCGCUACCCCAGUAUUCAGUGUCAUCUUUUGUAAAACGAGUGAUUUCCAUAACCGACAUUGUCGGUUGGAUUCACAGUCGCGACUUUACGAUCGCUCUGAAGGAACAGUCAGCGGAAAUAUAAAUAUAUAUGCCGAAUUAGUCAUAAGUGAACGUGAAUUGCUCAUCGCAAUGUCAGAAUAAAAUUCUCCAUUUGAAUUCUAGUCCGUUAGUCAGUUUCUUUGCUCGGGCGAUUGCAGACGGAAGGAUUCCGACUGGAAAAAAGUGACAUAAGGCCCUCGGUAUACGCGUGCGGAUGAUACGGACCCACGCGACGUCACACUCUGAUGCACAACUGAUCUAAGGCCCCAUGUGUUACCUCAAGCGAACAAUAGCCGGCAGGGUGCCCGAUGGAAUUCGAAUACGAGGGUAAGAAAGUACUUGGCUUCAGUUCUUGAGGCGGGAAACCAUCGGUCGGACGCUUGGGACCACGAGAGACAGGAUUUUGGGCAUACGGGACUAAAAAGUGGGCCAGAAAGUGAAAAAUUGCGAUUUGGUUCUGAAAAAAGCGCAAAAGUUGAAGAAAUUUGAAUUUGGGGCCAUUUUCUGGGCUGGGUGUUAGUUUUUUUGUCACGGGGCCGCCAUUUUCGUGUUCCGCGGGUUGAAAUACGGUGGAAAAGUGCAUUUAGAUGCUGGGAUUCGGAAAUUUUGAGAUUCGUUUUCAGAAGGGUGUAAAGAAAUUUGAUUUCGGACCCAUUUUCUGGGCCUUGGGUGCAUAAUUUUGAAUUAAGGAGGCCGGAAUCGUGUUCCUGAGGUCGAAAUACAUUGGAAAAGUGCAGUCAAGUGUUGGGAUUCGUAAAAUCUAGAAUCCGUUUUCAGAAGGGUUCCUAAGAAAGCGACCGAAAUUUGACUUUGGCUUGAAUUUUUGGAAUCUGAGUGCAUAAUUAAGAAUUGUAACUAUCGAAAUCGUGUUCCUGAGGUCAAAAUACAUUGGAAAAGUGCAGUCAAGUGUUGGGAUUCGUAAAAUCUAGAAUCCGUUUUCAGAAGGGUUCCUAAGAAAGCGACCGAAAUUUGACUUUGGCUUGAAUUUUUGGAAUCUGAGUGCAUAAUUAAGAAUUGUAACUAUCGAAAUCGUGUUCCUGAGGUCAAAAUACAUUGGAAAAGUGUAGUCAAGUGUUGGGAUUCGUAAAAUCUAGAAUCCGUUUUCAGAAGGGUUCCUAAGAAAGCGACCGAAAUUUGACUUUGGCUUGAAUUUUUGGAAUCUGAGUGCAUAAUUAAGAGUUGUAACUAUCGAAAUCGUGUUCCUGAGGUCGAAAUACAUUGGAAAAGUAUAUUCAAGUGUUGGAAGUGAUAAAUUUUAAGUCACGUUUAAAAAAAGGUGUAAAAUUUGAAAAUUGGGAAAAGAUGUCGGGUUUCAAAAGGAUGCAGAGUAAGGUUUUUUGGAACCAAAUGGCUCGUCAUGAUCUCGAUAACGCUCCGCUGAUUUGUAAAUCCAGCCUGGAAAGGCAAAUUGAGCAUGAAGAUGCUUCCUACUGCAAUUUCGGGCGCGACAGUGACACGGACACUGACAAAAUAAGCGAGAACAGUUUCACUGCCGGUGGUCAGGUGGACAGUAAUUGCAACAUAACUGCGUGUUUUGUCACCGAUAAGGCCCAAGAUGAUUUGCUUGAAGAAAAUGGCCACUCCUUAAUGGUCCCGGAAAUAGAAAACGCGCAACUCGCGAGAGUUCUCAGCCCCGACCAAGGCCACGGGAGCCUCGACUCCGGUUUCUCGGACUCGGAGAAUUCCAAGUCGGGAAAUUUGGACACCAGCCGUCGGCGCAGGAAGCGAAGAAAAAAGCGCGAUGGGAAGGUAGUCAACAAAAAUUUAUUCUGGAUGAAACCGAGUCACACUUCGACUCCGAAAUCGGAAAAUAUUGAAACCCAGAGGAAUUUAACUUACAUCAAGGACUCAAAGGACUUUGACGAAUUCUGUGACUCAACCGACUGCGCUAAGAGAAUCGAGCUUCCAGACUCUCCCGGGUCAUCCCAAGAAUGUCUAGGAGAUUUUCUCUACGAAGUUGAGCCACCGGAAGACGACGCGAGCUCAGCAUCCCGUGACUCGACGCCAUGUUUCAACGGUCCCUGGUACACGCGGAUGUCCAACGAGUCAUCAAAGUCCUCUGGGUCACAAGAAACGAAAUCGAAAUUCACAUCGGGAUCAAAAACUCCUUGGCAAUUUAUCGCGCAGUCCAGUAGUUCGUCGGUCCAAGUCUGGCUCCAAGACCUGGUGCAAGACGUAGACAACGAAUGCUACAUCACGCUGCAGAGCAAAGCUUUACCCAGGCGUAAUUUGCAUACUGAGGAUGCGCAGACAAGAGAUUUGAAACUUUUAACGACUGCGGCGACUUCAGCGGCGACCGAAUUGCUCGUGAGGGCUGAGGGGUUCAAUCGACAUGUCCAGGAAGUAAUCAGAAAAAUCGGGCAAGCGGAAGCUAGAGACGAACGCGAUUGGCUUAGAAGUAUUGAAGAGGAGGCUUUUUCUAUUUUGUCUGAAUUAGGCGCCCCUCCGCCACGAAGAAUCCACGACGGAAGUAUCAGGACUAUCUUAAAUCAGUUAGAGUCUUUGAAGAAUAUGGUCAAUCACACUCUGGACACGCGAUUGGAUUUUUAUAUCGAGCGAGUAGUACGAGGUCUAGAAGAAGCUCCCCGAGAAUCAGGAUCUGCUGCGCGUGGGGCCCUUGCUGCUCUGACUGCCCUAGGACUCGCGGGUUCUCGAGCCGGGAACUCAAUCGCACGUUGUUCUGGCGUUCGAGCCCUUCUGACCUCACUGGUCUCCGCUAGUCGUUUAUCCUCCGAACUUCGAGCCUCAAGCCUUCGAGCCCUCGCCAGCGUGUGCUGCUGCCCUCUAGCGAUCGACCACUUCAUCAAAGAAGGAGGCCCCGAAAUCCUCGUGGACCUUUUGACCUCACCCUCGACUCCCGAGCGCGAGAAAAUCGAGGCCACGGCUCUCAUAGUUCAAGUGACCGCCCCCUGGAUCGACGCCUUGGGCCUUCGACACUUCGAGCCCUUCGCAGCCCCACUGACCCUCACGCUCAUCUAUCUCGCCGAGUCCUGCGCCUGCGCCCAAACAUUACUCCUCUGCGCAGCCGCACUAAACAACCUCAGUGACUCUCCCGCCUUUGUCGACGCCAUUUUAACUCACGAAAGUAUCCGCCGACUUCUGAAGUGCGUAAAAAAGAAAGCGCCCUCUAUCUGGCUCAUGGAACAAGUCGCCAUGUUGAUAAAUAAACUAGCCCGGCAUCCAAAGGCCAGGAAACAUCUCGCCAAAGCCAGAGCUUCCGUUGCCCUCGUCUGCUUCUUACGCAUGGCGCCACCUGGACUCGAGGACGCGUACCACAGGCUCACGGUCACUGCUGCCACCGCCUUAAUGAGGCUCUGCGUGGAUCCUGAAAUCGCCAAGCAAGUAGUAGCAGUCGGAGGCGACGACUGUCUUCCGAAAUUCAACAAAAUGGACGACCAUCAACAAGAUGGCGGGCUGGUCCGAUAUACCAACAGUUUGAGAAUCGCGUGUAAAAAAGCUACUAAGUGUAUCGAUGACGCUAAGGCUUGUGAUUACUCUGUUGAAUAAUUUUCAUAUAUAGACAUAUAUUUAUAUAUUUAUAAUAUAAAAUGUAUAUUGUGCCAUAAAAUAUAAGAAUUUUAAAUAAAAUAAAUAAAAAUACGAUAAUUAAUUUUUUUUGUGUCCAAAUUUAAAAAAAAAUUAAUGAGGGCCUUAAGAAGUUGACUUUCUCGAGAUCCCGUUGGUCGAUUUUUAAUUUUGUCCUUGUGGAAAAUGCCUACAGUAGAUUUUCCAGUGGCUCGAAGGACCAAAUG